AUGGCGGCGCUUGUCUGCGCUGCUAGUCUCUCGCAGCCGGACAGUCACGCACUCACACUCCCUGCUGGUCAGAGGAAUUCCCUGGGCUAUACAGUCUCUUCCUCUCAAGGCAAACCCGACACCGUGGUGCUCUCCGCCCAGGACGACUCCAGACACACGCCUGUGUCGAUGUCUGCUGAAGUCAACCAGGGCCAUACGGUUCCUUCCUAUCAAGUCGAACCUAGCACUAUGGCCUUGUCCGCUCAAGACGACCCCAGCCAUACGCCCCUCUCGGUCUCUCCAGUCAGUCAGGGCCACGAGGCUCUCUCCUCCCAAGUCAUGACUGACCCUGUACCCCACGCGUCUCAUGUCGACGUUGGCUCUCAGGGCUCCCCUCCGGACGAGGGCUCCGCCCGAGACCCAAACACGCCCAGUGCCCCCCAGCCAGUCUCCCAAAGGUUAGGCGCAGACAACCAUAGCACGACAGAUGGCAGCAAGGCGAUCUCGGUCAAGCCCCAACUGGAGACGGCACCCAUGAGCUGCGGCGUACAAGGCACCGCCCAACCCACUGCUGUCGAACUAGCCUUUGCUGCCGCAGUAGCUGCGUCUAACCUAACGCUCCGGCACUGGAGACAGAGCCGAGUCAGACUAUGGGAGAGCCUGCACAAACUCUCACUGCCGGCUGUUUCGGACUUCCCCUCACAGUUCUAG